AUAUGUCGGGAGCGUGAUUGAAAAGCGGGCGGUUGCUUGCGUAAGCUGUGAGAGAGAGAGAAAAGCGUCAGAUCGCGCGCGAGAUGAGAGGAAGCGGGAGUCGCGCGCGGUUCUCAGGGCGGCGGCACCAUAUCGUCGUCGGUCCCGCACUUAUAAUUAAUUUCAAUCUCAUCGAUACCCAGCAGCCCAUACAAAUACACCGGCACACACGUACCGGGUCGUACGUUCUCUCAUCCACGUGUACGUCGUAAAUGCGUGCGGGUGCGCUUAUAUAAGCUACACGACGGCUUGAUCGGUUUUCAUUGUUGUCGCAGCGAACUGCAUCGUCUUGACGCGUGAAUUACGGCGUGAAUUGACAAUGUCGUCCCUGUUUGUGACGUGGGGCGUCGGGUGCACUUUGACCCUGUUGCUCGUGUUAUCUGCGCAGGCGAUCAACUACGAGGUCUUGAAGCGCGACGACCGAAUAAAAACGACGAGCGACACGAUGGUGUUGGGCAGCCGCGACCUCCUCGAGCGUCUGAACCAUGUCGAGCCGAAGGCGAACUACAGUCUGCAGGAGGUCACGGAGCAACUGUUGCACUACGGCGCGCUGUUGCGAGCGCACAUCUUGGACACCUUCGGCAACCUACUCUACAUCUACUACGACGACUUCAGCGUGCAGGAGGUCGAGGCGUUGCGCAGGGUGUACCGGGAUACCUUCGAGCGACGCUACAACAUAUUACACCUGGUGAGGAAGAUGCUGAGGAACCCCGAAGAUCUGAGACCGUCGAGGAUCUGUGCCGAGAUCUACGCCUUGGCGGAACCUUGCCUGAAGAGCAGCGCCAAUGUGUGCCGUGGCAUCAGGAAACGACACGACCUGUCGUACCCCGACGAUCUCAUCGUGCACGCCUCGAACACCACGUAUUUGAUGUAUCGCUCGUCCAAAAUAUCGAGACAUUACUCCGAGGGAUUAUCUUUGCCGGCGUUGCUGAAGCUCCUGCACCGGGGAGUCCUGUCGAUCACGCCCGGUCUGUUGUCCGGACUUCUCUACCACGUGAAUUACGACGAUUACGACGGAGACGUGCUCCUCGCCGAACAGCAGCUCAUACUCUACCUCAACGAUGUCGCGCGCAACACCAGACGCAGUUUCCACGGCAUCCUGAAGUUGAUGUCGCCAAGGGAGCUGAGGAAGUACCACAGUAUCGCGUCUUUCCUGAAGAGUUACAUCGACAUCCACGUGGAGAGAUUCGGCAGCGAGAAACUGAAGAUGCACGCGCUUCUCAUCGUCAAGCACCUGGUCGACGUCGGCACGAUCGACGAGAACAUCUACCUGCUCGGCAACAUCUACGAGAACGACACGAUUCACGUCCGGUAUCUCUUCAACCUGGUGUUGCCCGACGACGUGCUGCACGACGAUGUGAUCGACGCCAAGAGGUACCUGGUGGACAAGUUGAACGAGCUCGACAUGGUCGAGAAAUAUCUCAAGGUGUCGAAAUACCAGCAGGCCACGCCCGCUCAACUGUUGAUGGAGAUCACCUGGCAGCUGCAGAACAUCGGCUUCGUUGAGGACAUCGCGACGGCUCUUCGGAUAUAUGCGAGAUUCUGGCGCAGGAGCUACAUGGUCGAGAGUCUGAAUGAGCUGCUCAGGCUGUUCGACGCGUACGAGAACCUGCGGCGAGUGCCACACUACCGGGACAUGAUGAAGAACCUCGAUCAGAUCAAGCAGAGUCUGUCCGAUAUACAGGAGGUCCGAAUCGAGAUCCUCUGUAGCGCGCCGCGAGCUUGCCUACGGAACGGUCUGCGGAUGCUGUUGGACUGCAAACUCGUGAGCCCCGAGAUCAAGCGGCUCAUUGAGGAUCUCAUUAAGCAAUUAUCACCCAAAGGCGCUCCGUUGGACGUCGAAUGCCUGAUUCCCAUGAACAUGUUAAAGAAGGUCCACAAGACGAACAUCCAGAGCGUUGACGUGCCGAAGACUAGUCUCUCAGAAGAGAUGAUGAUAAUGGUAGGGAGUCCCGAGGUUUUCUCGGGAAUUUCGGAAGUGUACGACGGAUCCGAGAUAGAAACGAAGGAGGUCGAGACGAAGGAGAUGGAAACGACGACGACGACGAUGAAUCGACGUAGCACAGCGGAAGAAGAAAAUAAUUUGGGCGAAGUAACAACGGUGAGUUUGGAAACGUACAGAUCCGAAGAGAACGCGAAAUCCGGCGAAGUUCCAGAUAAAACCACGGUCUCGGAGGAAACCGAGUCGUCUCUGCAAGAGAGCGUGGAAUUUUCGAGCAUGACCGAAAACACGGUGUACGAGACGACUGAACCUAUCUUGACUACGACGACGACGAUAGAUGACAAGUCGGAGUCUCGUCAAGAAGAGACAACCAUAGCUGCGACUACCACGUCAGCCACGACCAUAGAUGACGAAGAAGUGCCGAACAUCGACAUGGUAAUAGAAUCGAAGUCGAUGGACACGACGAUGAGCGACACUCCUGAUGAAAACUCAGACACGGACGCCACCCCGACAAGCCCGACGCCUAUCGCCUCGAAGAAGUCUUGCGAGUCUGACGAGUGCAAUAAUGAACGAAGCUUGGAGGAAACCAGCGAGCAGGAGGAUACGUCGACUACCUUGCUGUCGAUGGAGAAUAGGACUACAGCGAUGACGACGCCGACGACGCAAGGUUUGCUCUCCAAGACCGCGAAGGGGGCUCGAACAGUAUUAUUUGAAUCUUCGUCGAGUCAGGAGGUCUCGAGGGAGACAACGCCGGCGAUGAGCGAAACGCUAAUCACUGAAGGCGAGAAGUGCAUGGAGCCGCCCUGCUCGGAGGAGUGCGCCGAGAGUGCCGAGUCAUCGAAGUGUCGCACCGGAGGCAGCUCAGACUGCGGCUCCUUGAUAGAGAACUGCGACGGCGGCGAGAACAGCGGUCCCGAGGACACCAAAUCCGAGAGGCUGAAGAACCGCACUGCUGAGUGCCGCGCCAAGAUCAUCUGCAAGAAAGAACCCUCCCCGACAGGAUGCGAUAAGCCGAAGAACCAGGAGAGCGACGAGAGAUGCGGGAAGAUAUGCGCUUCGCGCGAAGAGGCGUCCUCGUGCGAGGACGACGACUGCUCGGCCGUCGGGCUGCCGACGAUGAAUCUAAAGUUCGAACGCGCAUGGAAUCGGAGUAUGUGCGAGAUCCAAGAUGUUCAUCAUCGUCGGCAGAUGAUGCGCUUGGCGAGGAUGCGGGCGAUCAGCGCCGCGACAUCGCGCCAGGACGACGAGUCGGUGAGGAAGAGAUUGCCGCGACGUCGGGAUCGGAUCGCGACCAAGAAGAAGCUGUAUCAACUGCUGGAGGGCAAACUGCCUCGCAACGAGAACGAGAAGACAAAGUCAGCGAGGUACUCGUUGCUCGCGGGAAACUCGGGCGCGAUGAUAAAGAUGAAGUUCGAGGAGGACAGUCGGAAGAAACGCACGAUCGGCCUUAGACAACGGGACAUGCUGCGGGGGAUGUUGGAGAGGAAGCGCGGGAAAUCGAGCGCUACGAGGCAUGUGUAUCGUCGAUCGGGCAGAAUAUCGGCCCGCCAGAGUGGUCAGACGGAGAGGAUACCUAGGAGAGGCGCGAGACCAAUCCGUGACGGCACGAUGGCACAUCGGGAUCUGUCGAUGUAAAAUUACACGGUCGUUAGCGUAUUAUUUCGUUUUACCGCGCGAUUGUUACUCGUCAUACUUGCCAUACGGCGCGUAAUCCAUCAAUUUGCCCGUCCGGCUUAUCGGGCUCGGAAGCGCUCGGAAUCGAGGAAGCUAACGAAGUUCGUUGCCGGCCAGCUAAUUAUGUUUGUGACAAGAGCGUUCGUCAAAUUCGAUUAAAUGAUUACGCUGGAGAUCGGGAGAUAUUAAUAGUCGUCUAUAUUUGACUCGCCGCUAUCGCGAGGGAGUUGCGCUCCCGCGUUAUAAAUUAUUCUUUCGGCGCGCGAUUAAAGGCCGCCUGCGUCCGCGCGAUUAAUUUACGUUACGUUAAUGAGCUUUUUAUCGAGCGGCGAUUUAUGGUAAGCCUGCCGGCCGUGGCGUUCCCGAAUUCGAUUCUAGCCUUAUCAUUAGAGAUCCCACCGAGUUUCCCUCGCAGAUGUCUGGUCUCGUUGAAAAUGCCCGAGUAGAAAUGUAUCUAGUCGGCUUCAGUCAAAAGCUAAUAGCUAUCUGGUACAAGCUACGCGGCAAAAAAUUUCGUGUUAAACUCAAUACGUUUCACACGUACCAAACGAUCCGCUCAAAUUUUUCUGUUAACUCAACGUAAGAUGAAUAUGUUAAAAAGUAACACAAAUAUCAUGUCCAAAAUUAACUCCGAAUUAAUACA